GGUAAAAAAUAGAAAACAUCGCCGCCCCCAGGCAUCUGCGCUAGCUCGAUGUAGACUAGGAAGAGAUAGGGUGCGUAUAGUAGAAGCUCACCUGGUGCGAUUUGCACCAAAUUCCAAUAUUGCGUUUCUGGGUUAUAUAUAUUGUACACUUGGUUCACUGUCGACCCCUACAUUAAACAUUUUAAAACUGUCGUAAAAACCUACAACAUGGUCCCGGAAAAAUCUACAAAAUGUCGCUUUCUACAAAACACCGACGAAUUAAACAUUUCUGGGGAACACAACAAAAAAUUAAAAUCGGUAGUAAAAUAAUAACGCACAACAAAAUUUGUUAGGUAAUUGUAAAUAGUAACUGCCAGACAGAUUAGCUUAAAAUCGGUGGCAACGCGUAAUAUGCUACAAUGCGAUUGAAGUGUGUGCGGGGCCACGAAAAGGAUCAGACGAUUGCAACGACGGCAAAAAUAAUGAGAAUUCUAAAUUAUCUUAAUCAUAAAUCAUUGUUAGUGAUUACUCAAAAUGUUAAAAGUUUAAAAAAACGAACAUUAUCGACAGCCUUGGAACAACCAAAGCCUUACAGUGCAAUCCCUGGUUUAGGCCCUUUGCCAAUCAUAGGCGGUUUACAUCACUUUCUGCCUGUAAUAGGAAAAAUUGGCUUACCAGAAAACUUUGCCGCCAUGACUGGAAAGUUACAUAAAGAGUAUGGACCCAUAGUCAGGGUAGAACGUUUAUUUCCUAACAUUGCGGAUAUGGUGAUGCUGUUUGAACCAGACCAUUUUGAUCAGGUGUACAGAGCUGAAGACGUACUGCCGAUGCGGCCCGGAUUUAAAAGUUUUACGUACUACAGAGAAGAAUUCAGAAAAGAGAGAUUUGAGGGUGUUUACGGAUUAACUACUGCACAGGGUCCACAAUGGCGUGACUUCCGAACAAAAGUAAACCCAGCUUUGUUAAAACCUAAACUCGUCAAAUUAUAUGCUCCAGGAUUGGACAAUAUUGCAGAAGAAAUGGUGGCUAGAUUAAUAAAACUUUCAGCGGACAAAACAUAUCUACGAAAUAAUUUUGAUGCUGAGAUGAAAAAGUUUGCAUUAGAAUCUGUAGCCUUAGUAUGUCUAGGGGCGCGACUUGGUGCCCUAGAAGAUAAUUUGACAGAAGAUCACCCUGCAGAACAACUAAGAAUAUGUUCUAAGGAACUUUUUGAUUUGGGUUUUAAAUACGAAUUGAUGCCAAAACUUUUACAAAAAUUCAACACUCGUAUGUUUAAUAGAUUGAUGAAAUUAUUAGAUACGCAGUGGGAUAUAAGUGCAAAGUAUAUCGAGCAAGCAAAGCAGAGAAUCAAAGAGAGAGGUCACAAUAUUCCAGAAGAAGAUAAAAGCGUGCUUGAGAAACUGCUGGCAGUUGACGAGAAAGUCGCCAUUAUGAUGGCGAAUGAAAUGCUCAUGGCUGGGAUUGAUACAGUAGCACUUGCAACAACCGUUUUGCUGUACAGAUUGGCUACAAAUCCAAAAGUUCAAGACAAGUUGCGUGAAGAAAUUCGUUCGGAUGAUACAAACAAGAGAUAUCUAAAAGCUUGUCUUAAAGAAAGCUUAAGAAUGAAUGCUGUUAUAUCUGCUAAUUUACGAAUGACCACGAGAGAACACAUUGUGGGUGGAUAUGUAAUUCCUAAAGGGGUUGAUGUAAUUGCACCAAACGAAUACUUAUCACGUUUAGACAAGUACUAUCCUCGAGCAUCUGAAUUUAUCCCAGAAAGAUGGCUUACAGAGAAGACUGAUCCUUUGUACUACGGGAACGCUCAUCCUAUGAUCACACAACCGUUUGGAUUUGGUAUAAGAAGCUGUAUUGGACGACGUAUAGCAGAAUUAGAGAUUGAAAUAUUUGUGCAAAGAUUGAUAAAUGAUCUCAAAGUCAGUUGGGACGGACCACCUAUGAAAAUUGUAACUAAUGUCAUGAACAACAUUAAGAAACCGUAUUGUUUUAAAUUUGAGCAGGUUAAGUAG